AUGGCCGAAAAGGCGAAUCCACCGACCCUUAAACGUCUUCGCUCUUAUGAUGACGUUUUUUACCGUGGUGGGUACGAAUUGGGAACCACCACUCACGGUUUCAUUUUCAACGAUGAAUGGCUUAUGGUAGCCCUUGAUCAUCCAAGUGGGGAAGUGCCUCCAGCAAAUGUUAGCCUACUCAACUCUCACCUGCUUGCUGCUUUUUCUGGCGGGAGUGAAUCUUCGCGUGAAUACUUGCUAAAUCUUCUUCCGAACAAGUGCCGCGAACUUCAACUCAAGAAGGGAAGAGAAGCUUCUGCUGCAGAAGCAUCCAAGUGGCUGGCGGAGUUUCUGUCCCUUCAUCUUGACACCUCUUGCAGUUUUUCACUUUGUAUACUGAUUGCUGGGUGGGAGGAAUCGGGACCUUCACUGUAUAAAGUGAAAGGCAAUGGAAGACGGCUUGAAGUUAGAGGCUCGUCUGCUGGAACUGGAUGUGCUGCAGGUUGCUCUUCUAUAAUUAAGAACAUGCUCUCUGACGAUAACAAGGAUAUAACCGUGGAUAAAGCUAAGGAGUGGGCCAAAAAGACACUUUGUAUGUCUGUAUAUCAUGCCCAUGAAUGUGGAGAAUGUGUCAGUGUCUAUUAUGUUGGACGUCCUGGGGUCGAACUGGUGGUCUCGAAUGAGAAUAUAAUGAAAUUGCAAAAGCGGUACUUGAGGGAAGUUGGGCGAAAGUGGGAAGACUUGCGCAAGUACAACAAAGCUCGGGCUCUUGGAAUGGGCCUCGAAUUGCGCAAGGCUUCUGCUAGCUGA